GAGACUGCUCCCAUUACUCUGGGUCUGGGAGGGCUAGCUGAGAAAUCAAGGAUGAAGCUCCUUUUUGUAGCUGCCUUUGCACUAUUUGUGCUCUCUACAUUUGACCAGGCUGAUUCUUCAGCUUAUGACAAAAUAGUCGCCCACAGUCGCAUUAGGGCAAGAAAAGAAGGACCCAAUGUCUGCGCACUCCAGCAAGUCAUUGGGACCAAGAAGAAGUACUUCAGCACUUGUCGUAAUUGGUACCAAGGGGCCAUCUGUGGAAAAAAAGCGACUGUGCUGUAUGAGUGCUGCCCAGGGUACAUGAAGCUGGAGGGCAUGCGUGGUUGCCCUGCAGUGGCUCCAAUUGACCAUGUGUACGGCACCUUGGGUCUGGUGAAGGCCACCUCAACCCAAAAAUACUCUGAUAUUUCUAAGCUGAGGCCUGAGAUUGAGGGAUCUGGAUCCUAUACCUUCUUUGCCCCAAGCAAUGAUGCCUGGGAGAGUUUGGAUGAGACAGUGAGGAGUGCACUGGUCAGCAAUGUCAACAUUGAACUGUACAACGCUCUGCAUUAUCACAUGGUCAACAAACGCCUCUUAACCAAAGAUUUGAGGAAUGGAAUGACAGUCACCUCCAUGUACAAUGACCUUGGUCUCCAUAUUAACCAUUACCCCAAUGGGGUGGUGACUGUGAACUGCGCCAGGGUUAUCUAUGGCAACCAGGUUGCUACCAAUGGAGUUGUGCAUGUCAUUGACCGUGUCAUCAGUGCUGUUGGAAACACCAUCCAGGAUGUGAUUGAGGUUGAUGAUGACCUGACAACUCUGAGUGAUGUGGCUCAAAAUGCUGGGCUGUUGGACAAGCUGGGUCAGCCAGGACAUUACACUCUCUUUGCCCCCACUAACGAUGCCUUUGAGAAGUUAGGCAGCGACGUGUUGGAGAGACUUCAGGGCGACAAGGAGGUCCUCAAAGCUCUUCUGAACUUCCACCUAUUGGACUCACUCCAGUGCUCUGAAGCCAUAUUAGCUGGCAGCUCUUAUGAGACUCUGGAGGGCAACAACAUUGAAAUCGGCUGUGAUGGCGAAAGUUUAACUGUCAACGGUGUCAAGAUGGUGCUCAAGAAGGACAUUGUUACCACCAAUGGUGUCAUCCAUCUUAUUGACCAAGUCCUCAUGCCAGACUCAGCUAAGCAGGUGAUGGAACUGAUGGGCAGCUCCCAGUCAACAUUUGGUGACAUGGUGUCUGAGCUCGGUCUUUCUGCUUCCAUGAGAGCAGAUGCUGAAUACACUUUGCUGGCUCCCCUAAACAUAGCCUUCAAUGAUGAAGUGAUGUCCAUGGAUCAGAGAUUGCUUAGAAUUAUCCUUGAGAACCACAUCUUGAAGAGUAAGAUUGUCCUGGGACAGUUGUACAAUGGUCAACGGCUGGAGACCAUUGGAGGAAAACUUCUGAGGGUCUUCAUCUAUCGCACAGCUGUGUGCAUUGAGAAUUCCUGUCUUAUAAGAGGCAGUAAAGAAGGAAGCAAUGGGGCCCUUCAUCUCAUGCGGACAUUGUUGAAACCAGCGGAAAAAACUAUGUUUGAGAUUCUGACAGAAAAUGGAGGGUUCAAGAUCUAUUUGUCUCUGAUGGAAGCUGCUGGCUUGACUGACCUGCUGAAACAGGAGGGAGACUUUACUCUGUUUGCCCCAAGUGAUAAGGCUUUCACUGGUCUGAGUGACAGGGAUUUUGCUUUAUUGAAGAGUGACGUAAAUGCUCUCAGAACUAUCCUUCUGUAUCACAUCAAUAAUGGUAUCUUCAUUGGUGGUGGUCUGGAGACCGGGGUGACUAACCUCCUCAAGUCUCUCCAGGGCAGUAACCUCAAAGUGAUGUUUGCAAACAACACUAUGCUUGUGAACUCUGUCCAAGUGCCUGAAUCUGAUAUCAUGGCCACAAAUGGGGUCAUUCACUUCGUAAACCAAGUUUUGUAUCCAGGAGAUAUCCCUGUUGGAAGCCAGGAUCUCCUGAUGUUGUUGAAGAGGCUCAUCUCUUAUAUGCAAAUCAAGUACAUUUCAGGAUUCAGAUAUCAGGAAAUUCCCCUUACAUUUAUGAAGAGGAUCAUCACUCGCGUCAUCCAGGAAGGUCCUGAAGUGACCAAAGUGACAAGGGUCAUCCCAGCAGAACCCUCCAUCACCAAAGUUACAAGGGUCAUUGAAAGUCAACCCUCCGUGACCAAGGUUACCAGGGUUAUUGAGAGUCAACCCACCAUCACCAAAGUCACCAGGGUUGUUUCAGGUCCUCAGUACUCAGUCAGCACUGGCACCAGCAACAUCAACCUGGAAGGAGCUGACGUUUCAGAGAUCGAAGGGAACCCUAAUUUUGAUGCUGAUAGACUUACCCAUCUCAUCAAAGAAGGCACUUCAAGAAGAACACCCCCCCGAAGAAAUUUAGCUGGCAGGAGGAGGGGAAGAGACUGAGCGUGGACGGAUAAGAAUAUCAACGCUGUAAAGGCAAAGAGAGAUACCAAACUCAGAGAUUGAGACUUGUUUUUCAAUACAGGGGAAACACUUAAAAUGUCAGUGAUUUCAAAUAUACUGUAACAGGUAUAGCUGACAAAAAUAAAGCUAUUCUCAUAAACAAUUUAAUGGUGCUUUGAAUGUAUAUCUAACUUGAGUGUGCAAUGGCUGAAAAGAGUCUUUUGUUCAAAUGAACUUUUGGCAUGACUUUAAAAACAAAGAGCAAGUCAGGGUAGCAAUAAAAUCUUUUAAAUCCAAGCCAUUAGGGUAGCAAUAAAACAUUUUUUUAAACAUUCUAAACUUCUCUAUGACUUUGCUAGAGGUGAAGGUCAAAGCAAGAAUAUUUUACGAGCUGUUCAGGAAGAUUUAUAAAUCUCAGCAUGAUAAAGAUUGAAAAAAAUUGCUUAUGUGUUUCCAGACUUUAACUGUUGCAUUAUUUUAAUUUCUAUGGCUGAAAGUUGUAUAAGGUUUCAUGUAAAUUUUGUCUGUGCUUGUAUCAUUUGGAGCUAUGUAUCCAAUUACAGGUCUUAUCCUUUUUCUCAUUAUUUUCCAAACAUUUUCAAAUAAAGUGCUUUCUUUGAUAUAAAUAUGCCAGUUUGAAAAGGGCAUCUUAA